GGAUGGCUCUUGGAAGAAUGGCCAGUAGGUUAAGUCUAGUAUUAGGUGGAAGGAGGUGGACGAAUACGCAAGCUGCUCCCCAUAUUCCGGUGAUGGCUGUGGAGACGAUAAAAUUUCUGAAACCAAAGGAUAAUGAGCUGUUUCUUGAUAUGACGUUCGGAGCUGGUGGUCAUACACGGGAGAUUCUGAAAGUAGCUCCCAAUGCAAAGGUCAUAGCAUUGGAUCGAGACCCUGUGGCUCAUGAAAUGGCACUUGCGUUGGCUAAACAGUACCCAGGACAAAUAUACCCAGUGCUUGGAAGAUUCUCCGAACUUCCUGGCAAGUUAAAACAACUGUAUGUAAACCAACAGUCGAUCGAUGGAAUAAUAUUCGACUUUGGAUGUUCCUCGAUGCAGUUCGACGAAGGUUCCCGUGGGUUCUCCAUCAGUAAAAAUGGUCCACUGGACAUGCGAAUGGACCAGGAUCGUUUUCCGGAUACACCGUCUGCGGCGGAAAUUCUCGCUAAAAUUGAAGAAGUUGAUUUAGCAAGAAUUUUGAAAAUCUACGGCGAAGAAAAACAAGCGAAAAAGAUUGCCCGGGCGAUCGUGGACGCUCGCUAUUCGAUCAAAAAAAUCGAAACCACCAAAGAAUUAGCCGAUGUAGUGCAAUCGUGUGUUGGGAGCGGAAGUUUUCGGUUGGAUAAACUUCAACGUCCCAGUCAUCCCGCAACAAAGACCUUUCAAGCGUUGAGGAUCUUUGUGAAUAACGAGCUGAACGAAAUCAACUAUGGAAUGAUCCUCGCCCAGCGGUACCUGAAGAUCGGUGGCAAAAUGAUCGCGAUCACGUUCCAUUCACUUGAAGACACCAUAGUGAAACGACACGUGAUGGGGAACGUGCUGAACGAUAUGGCGAAUACACUGCCACUGAAAUAUUGUAGUCAUACGAUUAGCUACGAGCAUGAUGUUAUGGAAAGCGCGAUGAAAACCUCUUGGCACCAGAUUACGAAGCAUGUGGUUCUUCCGAGUGAUGAUGAAGUCGAGCACAAUCCGAGAAGCCGUUCGGCGAAAUUGAGGGCAGUGGUUCGUGUGAGUUAGAAUGAUCAGUAGAGAAUAAAAGUGAGCAUGAAAUUGAGUUGUA